AUGGUGAAGGGAAAUCUGAGUGAGGUGACUGAGUUCAUCCUCCUUGGUUUCACAGACAAUAAUCAGCUGCAGUUCCUCCUCUUUGUGAUGAUUUUGGGGAUCUAUACUGUAAGCCUGGUAGCAAAUCUUGGCAUAAUCACAAUCAUCAGGACUGAGCCCCGGCUACACACCCCCAUGUAUUUUUUCCUCCGUAACUUGUCCUUUGUAGAUCUCACUUACUCUGCUGUUAUUGCACCUAAGACACUAGUGAAUCUGUUAGCAGCAACAAAAGCCAUUUCAUUCACUGGCUGUGUCACACAAUUUUUCUUUCACUCGGUCUGUAUCAAUACUGAGGUUUUGAUUCUGGCUGUGAUGGCAUAUGAUCGAUUCAUAGCUAUAUGUAAACCACUACUUUAUACACUCAUUAUGUCCAGGAAAGCCUGUUUCUGGCUUGUAAUUGGGUCAUAUUCAUGUGCCUGUGCCUAUGCCAUUGCUCACACAAGUUCUUUGUUCAGCAUGCCUUUUUGUGGCCCAAAUGUCAUCAAUCACUUUUUUUGUGAUAUCCCGCCACUCCAGAAACUCUCCUGCUCCCAUACCCACUUCCAUGCUAUGGUGCAUUUUGUCUUUGCUUCUGUAGCCAUAUUAAGUACAGUUCUAAUUAUCUCUGUCUCCUACCUGUGUAUUAUCUUUGCUAUCCUACGGAUCCGCAGUGCCAAGGGCAGGCACAAAGCCUUCUCCACGUGUGCCUCCCACCUGACAACCGUUUCCAUGUUGUAUGGGACUCUGCUCUUUAUGUAUGUACGACCCACAUCUAGCAAGUCUGCAGACCAGGACAAACUGUUAGCUGUGUUCUAUACCCUGGUAAUCCCGAUGGUUAAUCCCCUGAUCUACAGCCUCAGAAACAAAGAGGUCAAAGAUGCCCUGAAAAAGAUAUUACAUCAGAAAACAAUGUCUCAAUGA